UAAGCGCAUAAUACGCAUCGCAUUUUAAAAACAGUAUAAUAAAAAAAAGAAACUGACUGAAUCAACAUUUAUUUCACACGCGUCCUGUUAAGGAAACGGACGUCUAACAAGUAAACGAUGCUGUGCCACACACUCAUUCUGGUGCUGGCUGCAGGCCUGACCAGUUGCGACGUGUCUCACCUCGAGACGACCACGCCUGAUCCUCCACCGAAGCCCUACGUGUUCUCUUAUACUGCUGGACGAUUCCCUGGACACGUUGACAGGGAGCAUACCGAAGUCAGUGACGGCAGCGGAGUCGUGAGAGGAAAAUUCGCGUACGUCGACCCACGUCACAAGGUUCGGACAGUGGACUAUGUGGCUGACAAGGAAGGCUUCCAUCCGAUACUGAGCGACGUGCCUCCAGAGCACCCGGCUGACUCUGAAUCCGUAGCCUUGGCUAAAGACAGGCACUUCCAGCUAUACUCCAAGAUUGCUGAAGAGCAUGCCCAACAUCCACAUCCUUAUGAAACCAGUGUUCCUCGUCAAUCAGCCGCCGUCGCCGAAGCCACCUUGAAACACUCUGAGCUCUUCCGCGUUAUCGCCGAGCAGCACGCGAGGAUCGCGGCGGAGAGAGAGGCUCUCCUCAGGGAGGAAGAAGAGAAACAGCACCUGCAGGAACUUGAACAGUAGACCAAUUCGAGAAGACCCAAAGAACUUUUCGAUAGUUCAAUUUCAAUUUGGUUUAAACAAAAUAGAAUAAUCUGAUUUUUCGUAAUCUCAAUAAUUAUGAUACUAACUCGUCAUGUUACGAAAUUCAUCAAUGAUUCUCUUCGCAAAUGUAGGUCAUACAAUUUCGCGUCCUAGUGAAACUGGAAAGGUCUCCGGGCCACAAGUAAUCUUUCAAUCGUAAACAAAACUGUUUCGCUUUGGAAGUUUUCACUUAAUCACUCUGAAAGUGAAUGAUUAGUGGCAAAAACCAUAUUCUCGUGGAUUAUUUUGAGAAGGCUUUCAAUACAUUAUUAAAAUCUAUCAGUAUCGGUUACACGUUUAGUAAGAUCGGCUUCAUAAGAAUUUCUGCCAAGAAGCCAUCUUGGAUUGCAGACUUGUC